AUGGAGAUAAAGUUUAAGUUCAUGAGGGAAUACAGGAUCCACUACCAUUCGGGUGUGUACCAGACAAACUCACAUGAGGCAGCUCUGCCUCAGAAUUCCUCAACACCACCACCAGCAGUGCUGCCUAUAUUUCUCUUUGGGGACUCCAUUUUUGACGUCGGAACCAAUAAUUUCGUGCCAGAAUGUACAGCCAAGGCAAACCACCAGCACCAUGGAAUUGAUUUUCCUAAGUCUGAACCAACUGGGCGCUUCAGUGAUGGCUUCAACACUGCUGACUAUUUAGUGAAGCUGAUGGGGCAUGAGAUGAGUCCGCCACCUUUUCUUUCUCUUGACAAGGCCAAUUCCAGUUUCAGGGAUAGGAUACUUGAAGGUGCCAACUUUGCUUCUGCAGGCUCUGGCAUACUUGAUUCCACUGGAUUUGGAGCUUAUAAGUCAUUAGGUUCAUCAAAAGCAAAAGAGUUUCUCUCAAGAUCUCUCUUCCUAAUCAGUGUCGGCGGCAAUGAUGUUCUUGACUAUGGACGAUUCAAUAACACCAUUGGUGGUUUCUGGGUAUCCCCGUUAUCGUUGAUCCCAAUGCUCAUCUCGGCCUACGAAAAUCAUCUGAAGAAUUUAUACCAUCUUGGAGCUCGAAGAUUUGGGGUUGUUAGCAUGUCGCCACUUGGUUGCUGUCCGUAUGUGCGAGCUCAAAAUAAUGGUGAAUGUCUUCAAGUGGCAAAUAUAUUUGCUCAGUCAUUCUUCGAUCCAAUGAAGAACCUCUUGGAACAACUAGCUGCAAAACUUCCAGGGAUGAAGUACUCACUUGGAAAUGCUUACCAGAUGACCAUGGAUAUCAUACAAGAACCUUUCACCUUCAAUAUUACGGAGGCUGCAAAAGCUUGUUGUGGGAAAGGAAGCUUCAAUGGAGAAAACCGAUGUGAUCCAGAUGCCCAAGUUUGUGAAAACCGUGAGGAAUAUUUGUUUUGGGACAGGUUUCACCCAACACAGGCUGUGGCCAGAUUUGCUGCGCGAACUCUGUAUGGAGGCUCAAAGAAUGUUGUGAUUCCCAUGAACUUUAGUCAAUUGACCCAAAUCUAG